CGAGGCGUAAAGGCGCCAGGCGUCGGUGCUAAAAGUGUGUGAAAAGUACGUAAAAAUUGUUUCAAGUUGAGAGAUAAUCUUAAAAGUGCUAAAUUUUACUAUAAUUUGUUGGCGAUCUGUGAUGCUGGAACUCGACAGGAUGUCGUACAUCUUCGGCAGCUUCGCGCGCCGUCGCCAGAGUCAGGAAGCAUCGUCGGCCAAACGGCGUUCGAUCGAGCCGCUAAAGAUCGUGCACGAUCGCUCGAAAUCGCAGCCGCACGCGAAGAAGUCGGUGACGAUAUCGUCGCCCCGAGCCAAGAGCGUGUGCGGACUGCCUUUCGACGAGGGAAAAUUCAAAUGCAGCAUGUGCACGAAGCAAUUUGUGGACCCGAGGGUUUUGCCCUGCUUGCAUACCUUUUGCUUGGGCUGCCUGCAAGAGCUGGAAAGCAGCAACAAGCCCACGUGGUAUGACGAGGAAAGUGCUUCAAAAUCGGACAGCACAGAUUCUAGAAAAACCAGCUCUGGUGGUUCAGGCUAUCAAAGUGACAAAGAAAAAAGAGGCAGUCCAACGAAUAGCUGCCUUAUAUUGUGCCCCUCCUGCGGAGCCAGAGUGGUUAUUCCCCCAGAGGGUAGUAAUGGCUUCCCACCAAAUUAUACUUUGCAACACCGGAUGGUACUGGCGACACUAAAUGCUCCAGAAACCUAUAUUCUUUGCGAUCUGUGUUCUUCAGAAGUUACGGCAACGUCUCGAUGCUCAGAAUGCGCGAUAAGUUUCUGCCUCAACUGCGAGGAGGUGCAUCAAAGACGAAAAUCGACUUCGGACCACGAGAUCUUGUCGCUGGAGGAGGCGCGACGAAGAGGAAUCACCAGAAUAAGGCGACAAAUUAUGUGCAUAAAACACCCAGACUUAGAGCUGUCAGUUUUUUGUUCCAGUUGUUCACAGGUGAUCUGUCGAGAAUGCGUGUCGGAGUCCCACAGGGGUCAUCUUUGCGAGCCCAUAUCGCGAGUAGCAAAAUCGCAUUUCACCAACAUGAGAUUAGCGGUGGAUAAAGCGAAAUCGGUGAUGGAGCAAUCAGCUGUUGCUGCGAACCGACUUCACAUGACUUCGAAGAAAAUAGAGGCUCAGUGCGUCAAAGUGCAAGGAGAAGUGGAAAAGUUCAUCGAGAGUUACAUAAAAUCCGUGGAAGAUCACAAAGAAAGCCUCCUGGGGCAAAUCAAACAAGUCAAGGAGGACAAAUUGGAUGCCAUCAACCAGGAAAAAAUCAACCUACAGCAGAAAAUAAACGACGCACGCGAUGUGGCGUAUUUCCUCGACGAACUCUUGUACGACGGUACGGACGUCGAAGUGUUGAGCUUCGUGAAACCCGUCAUGGACAAGAUGGAAGGAUGCACCUACGGUAAAAUCGUCUCUCCCAGGCUCUCUGACAGCAUCACUUUUCUUCCCGAGGAAGCUGUCCAAUGUGACAACAACUUCUACACGCUCUACGGCGUCAUCUCCACGCAAUCCGUCUCCCCCAGGCACUGCGUCAUCAAAACAGAAGGUCUCCAUAAUCUAAGAGUCGGAAAACAGGCAGAAAUCAUUUUAGAGACGAGAGAUUGCAACGAUACUCCACUGGACAGAGGAGGAGAACUAGUGAUGGUCGAAAUCAGAUACAAAGACGUGGCAGUAUCUAGAAGUUUGCACGUCAACGUGGAAGAUAAUAGGGAUGGUACCUACAGCAUUGCUUUUGUGCCAGACGUGGCGGGAAAACUUGUUUUGAGUGUUCUCGUCAAGGGAGAAAAAAUUAAGGACAAUCCAUUUCCGUUCGUGGUCCGGAGUCUGAAGCCCCACCACGGGAUCUACCACUGCUGCACGUUCUGCUCGAGCGGCGGCAGCAAGGACGCUUGCUGCGGAUGCGGGGGCGGCAUGCCGGGCGGUUACAAGGGCUGCGGUCACGGACACGACGGCCACCCCGGUAAAAGGCACUGGUCGUGUUGUGGUAACGUUUUGGAACAUUCCGAAUGCAACAAAUCGAAUUCGCACUAUCAGUUUACGUUGUAAACAAUCCGGUGUGAGAGAAGUAUGAGUCAGUUAGAUUUAGUUUAAAUAUUAAAAACUAGUUGGG